AUGCCCGUUCUACUACCGCCGCAGCUAGAACAUGUCGUUGCAACCGUUGCCCAUAGCAUGGACUUAUUGCAAGUUGACUAUGCCCUCAUGGGAGGCGCGGCUGUAUGUCUCACGGCACCCGACCCCAGUCGACGAACGGAGGAUGUUGACCUCGUAAUUCACGUUGAUCAACGAGCCAUCACUGCAGAUCUACUCACCCAGAGAUUGAUGAAUUCAUUCCCAUCCGACUUCGGUCCAGUGAGCCAGUUCGGUCAUGUCAUCCCCGCAUACAAACUUCGUUUGCCUGAAGGCUCCAUACAGCUUGUGGAGGUCGAAAUAUUUGAUUUCCCCAGCUGGCCAAACCGACCGCAGUACAAUCUUCAAACUGCUACACGAGUUACAAAAACCGUCAACGGGUACUCCGUGAAGAUGUUUAGCGCUGAAUGGCUCACACGGGAGAAGCUACUGUCACAAUACCAGCGCCAGGGUGUCAAGCAUGCGACGGAUAUCGAGGACCUGUCCCGUCUGAUGAGGUAUUGUAUGCCCCAGAAACCAGAGCUCAACUUCGACCAAGAUCAGCAAUUGCAGCUUGCCUUGUCGAGGCUUCUGGAGGAAAGACCCCGGCUACGAAAUGGUCUCCGCCGAGUCAUCAAAUGCAGGGAAAUCUUCGGCAAUUGGUAA